GGAGAUGGAGGGACCGAACGGCUCCAAAAAACAGUCUGCAGGUUUGGACCAGCAGAAGCAUGGGGCCACCGUCAGCUUCCACAACAUCCACUACCAGGUGACCCAGGGGGGGAGGAGCAUGUGUCUGAAGAAGGGCGUGGCCAAAGACAUCCUCAUCGACCUCAGCGGCAUCAUGAAGCCAGGACUGAACGGCAUCAUGGGAGCGACAGGAAGCGGCAAGUCAUCGUUUCUGGAUGUGUUGGCAGCCAGGAAGGAUCCUUCAGGUCUGACCGGAGAAGUCCUGAUCGACGGAGCGCCUCAGCCUCCCAACUUCAAGUGUCUGUCUGGAUACGUGGUGCAGGAUGAUGUGGUGAUGGGAACUCUGACGGUCAGGGAAAACUUCCGUUUCUCUGCAGCUCUGCGUCUGCCCUCCAGCAUCUGUCAGGAGGAGAAAGAACAGAAAGUGAACAAACUGAUCCAGGAGUUAGGACUGAGCCGAGUGGCGGACUCCAGGGUGGGUACCCAGCUGAUUCGUGGAAUCUCUGGUGGAGAGAGGAAGAGGACGAACAUCGGCAUGGAGCUCAUCAUUGACCCUCCUGUUCUGUUCCUGGAUGAACCCACCACCGGCCUGGAUGCUAGCACUGCUAACUCUGUGUUACUGCUGCUCAAGAGGAUGGCCAAUCAUGGCCGCACCAUCAUCCUGUCCAUCCACCAGCCGCGAUAUUCCAUCUACCGCCUGUUCGACAGCCUCACACUGCUGGUCAGCGGCAAACAGGUUUAUCACGGUCCUGCAGAGAGAGCUCUGGAAUAUUUCUCAGACAUCGGAUACACCUGUGAGCCUCACAACAACCCUGCAGACUUCUUCCUGGAUGUCAUCAACGGAGACUCGACGGCCGUGGUCCUCAGUAACAUGGACAAAGAAGAUGAAGGUUUAGAGUCUCCAUCCAAACAGGGCAUUGAAGACAAACUGGUGCAGGAAUACAGACUCAGCAGCUAUUACACCCAGACCAAAGAACAGCUGGAAAACAUCAUUAGUGUCAAGCAGACAACGACCUUUGUUCCCUCCAGAACCAUCACCUACAGCACCAGCUUCCUCACACAGUUCAGAUGGGUUCUCAAAAGAACAUUCCAGAACCUCAUGCUCAACCCUCAGACCUCUAUCGCUCAGGUGGCAGUCACCAUCUUCCUGGCUUUGGUAGUUGGAGCCAUUUUCUUCAAUGUGAGCGAUGAUCCAAACAGUGGGAUUCAAAACAGGUUCGGCGCUCUCUUCUUCAUCGUGGUUAAUCAGUGCUUCAGCUCGCUGUCAUCGGCCGAACUCUUCAUCACAGAGCGGAAGCUCUUCAUUCAUGAGUACAUCAGUGGAUACUACCGUGUGUCUGUCUACUUCCUGUGUAAAAUCCUGUCUGACAUCAUCACCCUCAGGACCAUCCCUGCCAUCGUCUUCAGCUGUGUGGCAUACUUCAUGAUCGGUCUGAAGCCCACAGCUGAAGCCUUCUUCCUCUUCAUGUUCACGGUGGCUCUGGUGUCCUACACGGCCACCUCCAUGGCUCUGGCCAUCUCUGCAGACCAGACGGUGGUGGCCAUCGCUAACAUCUUCAUGACCAUCGCCUGUGUCUUCAUGAUGAUAUUUGCUGGUUUACUUGUGAGUCUUCCGUCCAUCGUCAGCUGGUUGGCCUGGUUGAAAUACUUCAGUAUUCCACGUUAUGGCCUCGGUGCUCUACAGGUGAAUGAGUUUGUGGGUCUGAAAUUCUGUGAGCUGUUGAACCACACUGUUGUUUGUCGGACAGGUGAGGACUUCCUGCAGACCCAGGGGGUGGACUACUCCACCUGGGGGCUCUGGCAGAACCACGUGGCUCUGAGCGUCAUGACCGUCGUCUUCCUCACCAUCGCUUACCUCAAACUGCGCUUCAUCAGGAAGUUCACCUAAAAAAAAAAAAAAACAGGCGUUCACUUCGGCUUCCAUCAGCAGCACCACCGUCAUCCAUGAACCAUCCAAAACUACAUCAGUCAACUUUGACCUCCACCACUGACAGG